AUGGCCUAUGACCGUUACGUAGCCAUUUGCAAUCCCCUUCUUUAUACAGUUACCAUGACCAGGAGAGUGUGUGCCCAGCUCCUGGCCAUUGUAUACAUUGAAGGUUUGGUGGAUUCAGCAAUCCACACCUGUUGCACAUUUCGAUUGUCAUUCUGCAACUCUAAUAUCAUCAAUCACUUUUUUUGCGAAAUCCCACCCUUACUAGCCCUCUCCUCCUCAGAUACAUCUAUUAAUGAGAUAAUUUUGUUCGUCUCUACUAGCUGUAUUCUGGGGUUCAGUGUUAUCACUAUCUGCCUUUCGUACAGCUACAUCAUAACCACCAUCCUUAGAAUAACCUCAAAUGAGGGGAGAAGCAAAGCCUUCUCUACCUGUGCCUCCCACUUAACUGCUGUGGCUAUAUUUUAUGGAACAUUAUUGUUCAUGUAUUUUCGACCCAGUUCAAGUUACUCUAUGGACACAGACAAAGUAGCGUCUAUUUUUUAUACAGCUGUCAUACCCAUUUUAAACCCAUUGAUCUACAGCUUAAGGAAUAAGGAUGUGAAAGGUGCCCUGAAGAAAACAAUAGGCACUAAAUUAUGUUCUGGCUGA